CUGCCGGGCGAAGCCUUGUCCCCGGCCAGCUGUCGCUGUGAGGGUAAGAUCGUCCACUGCGACUCGCUGGCCUUCCUGGAGGUCCCGGAGAACAUCUCCGUAGGUUGCCAGGGCUUGUCCCUGCGCGCCAACCAGCUGCACACGCUGCUGCCCUACCAGUUUGCCCACCUGAACCAGCUGUGGCCUCUACCUGACCACAAAACCAGAUUUCCUUAGGUGGACAGCCGAAGCCUUCCAGGGCUUGGCUGAAUCAAGGAGAUCAUCCCUGAGCACCAAAGAUCUCGCGAGUUCCACAACGCCACCUUCCAUGGUGUUCCCAAUCCAGCCCUCGACUUGUCCUACAACAAGCUAGAGUCGCUGUCGCCUCGACAGUUCCACGGCUCAUGCUAGCUGCAGAACCUUCACCCGCGCUCCAACCUCCCGCGGGACCUCCCCGCUGAGGGUGUUCCUGGAGGCCGCAGCCUGGAGUUCCUGGACCUGGGCUACAACCGCUCAAGGUGCUGACUCAAGACCAUGUUCCUGGGUCUGUCCCGGCUCAUGGAGCUUCACCUGGAACACAACCAGUUCUCCCGCAUCAACUUCUUCCUGUUCCCGCGGCUCACCAACCUGAGGGCGCUGUACCUGCAGUGGAACCGGAUCCUCACCGGGUCAACCAGGGACUGCCCCUGGGGCUGGCACACCUUGCAGAAGCUGGACCUUUGCAACGAGAUCCAGGUGCUGGACCCGGGUUGUUCCCAGUGUCUGCCCAACCUGCAAGUGCUCAACCUGGAGUCCAACAAGCUGGCCAAUGUGUCCAUGGAAACGGUGGUGGCCUGGGACUCGCUGGGAUCGGGCCAGCCUGGCCGCAACAUGGGGACUGCGCCUCGCAUCUGCCCUCUGGUCAACUGGCUGCGGAACUUCCGGGGCACCAAGGAUACGAGCAUCAUCUGCAGUACGCCCAAGCACCUGCAGGGUGAGAAGGUUCUGGAAGCCACGCGGAACCUCGCCGACUGCGAGGACACGGAGCUCUACGAGAGCACCACCUUCCCGCCAGCCAUAGAGCCCGACACCCCGGAACCCACCCCUGAACCAACCACCCCCUACACCAGCCCCCUUGCCCCCCUGCGCCCCCCUGCCACCCCUACCCCCAGACCUCCCAUGGCGCCUCCACCUUUACCCCAGCCGAAUGCCCCCAGCCGCAGUGGAUCCGACCAACGAGCCCCUCGCCGUCCUCCCCCUCCUCCUCAAAAACCACCCGCCCGAGAGUCCCCCCUGCUGACUUUUCCUCCAGAGCCCGAGCGCAUCUCCUUCCACAAAGUGGUAGUGGGCAGCGUGGCGCUGUUCUUCUCCGUGUCGCUCAUCUCCACGGUGGUGUAAUGUUCGAAGCGCUGCCGGGCGCUGGCCCGACUGUUCCAGCAGCAGGCCACCGGGCGCAAGCGGGCGGAAGAAGUCCUGAGCCGAGCAGAACCUCAGCUCCCAGCCCAGGAGUACUACAUGAGUUACAACCCCGCCACCACGCUCGAGCAUAGACGCAGCUGGCCAACGGCGGCAUCGGAGCCUGCACGCGGCACCAUCUUCGCUCGAGGGAAUGCGAGGCAGCAGCUGCUGUGUGUCCUGCUGCAGACUCUCUUCACCCUGCUGGUACUGCAGCCCUCGGCCGGGCUUAGCCAGCCCCAGCCCAGCUGUCCAGAGGGUAAGAUCGUCCACUGCGACUCGCUGGCCUUCCUGGAGGUCCCGGAGAACAUCUCCGUAGGUUGCCAGGGCUUGUCCCUGCGCGCCAACCAGCUGCACACGCUGCUGCCCUACCAGUUUGCCCACCUGAACCAGCUGCUGUGGCUCUACCUGGACCACAACCAGAUUUCCCAGGUGGACAGCCGAGCCUUCCAGGGCUUGCGUCGAAUCAAGGAGAUCAUCCUGAGCACCAAUCAGAUCUCGCAGCUCCACAACGCCACCUUCCAUGGUGUUCCCAACCUGCGCAGCCUCGACUUGUCCUACAACAAGCUAGAGUCGCUGCCGCCCGGACAGUUCCACGGCCUGCGCAAGCUGCAGAACCUUCACCUGCGCUCCAACCUCCUGCGGGACCUCCCGUUGAGGGUGUUCCUGGAGUGCCGCAGCCUGGAGUUCCUGGACCUGGGCUACAACCGUCUGCGGGUGCUGACCCGCACCAUGUUCCUGGGUCUGUCCCGGCUCAUGGAGCUUCACCUGGAACACAACCAGUUCUCCCGCAUCAACUUCUUCCUGUUCCCGCGGCUCACCAACCUGAGGGCGCUGUACCUGCAGUGGAACCGGAUCCGCGGGGUCAACCAGGGACUGCCCUGGGCCUGGCACACCUUGCAGAAGCUGGACCUUUCCGGCAACGAGAUCCAGGUGCUGGACCCGGUGGUGUUCCAGUGUCUGCCCAACCUGCAAGUGCUCAACCUGGAGUCCAACAAGCUGGCCAAUGUGUCCAUGGAAACGGUGGUGGCCUGGGACUCGCUGACCGCCGUCAGCCUGGCCGGCAACAUGUGGGACUGCGGCCCCGGCAUCUGCCCUCUGGUCAACUGGCUGCGGAACUUCCGGGGCACCAAGGAUACGAGCAUCAUCUGCAGUACGCCCAAGCACCUGCAGGGUGAGAAGGUUCUGGAAGCCACGCGGAACCUCGCCGACUGCGAGGACACGGAGCUCUACGAGAGCACCACCUUCCCGCCAGCCAUAGAGCCCGACACCCCGGAACCCACCCCUGAACCAACCACCCCCUACACCAGCCCCCUUGCCCUGCGCCUCUGCCACCCCCUACUCCCCAGACCUCCCAUGGCCCCCACCUUUACCCCAGCCGGUCGCCCCAGCCGCAGUGGAUCCGACCAACGAAGCCCCUCGCCGCCCUCCCCCUCCUCCCACAAACCACCCAGCGCCGAGGCCUCCCUGUUGGAUUUUCCUCCAGAGCCCGAACGCAUCUCCUUCCACAAAGUGGUAGUGGGCAGCGUGGCGCUGUUCUUCUCCGUGUCGCUCAUCUCCACGGUGGUGUACGUGUUCUGGAAGCGGCUGCCGGCGCUGGCCCGACUGUUCCAGCAGCAGGCCACCGUGGGGCGCAAGCGGCGGAAAAAGAGUCCCGAGCAGCAGAACCUCAGCUCCCAGCUCCAGGAGUACUACAUGAGUUACAACCCCGCCGCUACGCCCGAGAGCAUAGACGUGCUGGCCAACGGCGGCACGGGAGCCUGCACGUGCACCAUCUCGGGCUCGAGGGAAUGCGAGAAUGAGUUCCCCUGCCCCAGACCACUGCCGGGCUCCUGGCUGGGCGACAUGUCCUCCUUGCACUAGAGAGUCAUCCUAAUCAGCCGCUCCGCUGGACCAGUGGCCGGGAGAGGAGAGCCGUGUCCACGUCCACACCCCCGCCUUCCCCCUUGGACUCCUGGAUCUCGACUCAUCUCGUCGGCCACACAGCGGCACCCCCGACCCUCACUUUCUCCUCCUCUCAGCUCCACGGCUCCAAUACUUCAUCUCCACACAUCUCUCUCUCUUCUCCUCUCUCUCUUCUCCUGUCUUUUCUACUCUCUUCUCCUCUCUGUCUUCUCCUCUCUCUCUCCUCUCUUUUCUCCUCUCUCUCUUCUCCUCUCUUUCCU